CUAAUGGGUGUAAUGAUAUUUUCCAUAUUUACUGAACAAACUCAAGGUGUAAAUGUUCGAACAGUCCCGUGAGUCCCUUCUGAUAAAUCUCGUUGUCGUUGUGAGACAAAGACCUGAACUUGAAGAAGAAAGGAGAAGAUAAAAUGGAAAUAGCCGUUAAACCCUUCCUCAUAGGCGUAAACCCUAGAGUAAACAACGCAAAUUUCACUACGCUUUAUCACAAACACAUGGUGAACGUCUCUGCUCCAACAGUUUCUUCCAAAAGAGCACGUUUUGGGCCUCGAAGGAACUGCAAAACACCUGAGCUUUCUACAAGGAGUCAUAAAUAUUGUUCGUCUGUUUUUGCUGUAUUAUCAGGAGUGGAAGAUGUCAGUGUUUCUUCAUCUCAAUUUGAUGACUUCUUGGUUACCAUCUCUGGAACUGAUGACACUAGAAAAUUGAAGGUAAGCGUAGAGGUAUCUGGUACUAAAACUCGAGCAAUUUUUGAUGAUGUAUUUGAUAAAAUGGUUGCUGAAGCCCAGCCAAUUCCAGGCUUUCGACGAGUAAAAGGAGGAAAAACUCCGAAUAUACCUAGAGACAUUUUGUUAGAAGUCCUUGGACCUUCUAAAGUCUAUAAAGAAGUUAUCAAGAAAGUAAUUAACUCCACCAUUGCAGAGUAUGUUGAAAAGGAAGGUUUAAAAGUAAGUACAGACUUGAGAGUUGAGCAGAGCUUUGAAGAUCUUGAGGAUAUGUUUGAACCAGAUGAAAAGUUCAGCUUUGAUGCUGUCAUUCAGCUUCAGGAAACAGACUGAAAAAUGUUGUUAAUUUUAGUAUUCAUUGAAAUUUUGUGUAUGUAUUAAUUAUUUCCUGGAAGAAAGCUGUAGACACUGUUGAUAUUAGACAACAAAAUGACUGAUUUCCCACUGAA